AUGGCGGAACAAACAGAAAACCAAUUCAACAACACCUCCGGCAUCAGCGACCCUGUAUGGGUUCAUGAAGUCCCCUACUCAUCAUACCCUCACGCAGCCUUCGGCCCCCUAAAGCAAAGCAUCACAAACACAGACGUAUGCAUUAUCGGUGCCGGUAUAGCCGGGAUUUCCCUGGCGUACGAGCUCAUUGCUCGAGGCAGGAAACAAGUCACUAUGAUUGAGGCGCGGCACGUCCUCUCUGGAGAGACGGGGCGUACCAGUGGCCAUUUGUCGAAUGCCCUUGAUGAUGGUUACAUCAACAUUGAGAAAAAACAUGGCCGUGAAGGCGCAAAUAUUGCUGCAGAAAGUCAUACCUGGGCGGUGCACAGGGUUGGAGAGAUUUCCAAGGAAUUAGGAAUUGAUUGUGAAUUUCGACAUCUCAAGGAGGUAGCAAAUAUCGAGAAAGAGGCAGAAUUGGCACAGGAGUUGCUUGGAAAAGAUCAAGUCUCGUUUCAGGAAGGGUUGGAGGUACGCGGUUGGGACGUGAGUGGCCCCGAUCAACGAGAUGGUGCGAUCUUCCGGAAUCAGGCAACCUUCCAUCCAACCAAGUACCUUCUUGGUGUAUUGAACUGGUUGAAAGACCAGCACAAAUUCCAAUGUUUUGAACAUACGAGAAUGAUGUCCAUUGAAGAAGACUCAAAGCAUGGCGUUGUCAAAGUGAAGACUAUGGACGGCCAUACCAUCACCGCGACGGAUGUCGUCGAAGCAACAGCCGUACCGCUGCAGAAACUGAGUGUGAUUGCUGAAAUGUCAUUUAAUAGAACAUAUUGCAUCGCAAUUCGAGUCCCCAAAGGCGCGAUUGAGGAUUGUCUCAUUUACGACGAAGCAGAAGCAUACAAAUACAUUCGUUUCACGGCAUGCGACGACAAAGAUGAUUAUCUUGUUAUUGGUGGAUGUGACCACAAAGUUGGCCAAGAACACGACAGUCAAGCUCGAUACAAAGAACUCGAGGAAUGGGUACGAGCUCGGUUCCCGUUUGUGGGUUCCGUGGAUUAUAAAUGGAGUGGCCAGAUAUUUGAGCCGGUCGACUAUAUGGCUUUCAUUGGGAAGAAUCAGGGGCGGAAGCAUACGUAUAUCAUUACUGGUGAUAGUGGUAAUGGUUUAACGCACGGCGUCUUGGCUGGCAGGUUGAUUGCAGAUGAGAUAUCGGGGAUCAACAAUUCCUGGGCAUCUCUGUACAGUCCCAGUCGCGUUGUUAGUAUUGCAAAGUCAUUACCUACAAUGGUCGAACACGAUGUCCAGAUCAACACUCAGUACAAACGGUACCUACAGUCAGACAUCACGGAUAUUGAGGAUCUGGCCCCAAAUACCGGCGGUGUGAUGCACACCGGUCACAUAGGCCAGCAGCCAGUUGCCGUGUAUAAAGACGAGAAAGGGAAAGCUCAUCAGCUGAGUGCAGUCUGUCCGCAUAUGAAGGGAGUGGUGUGUUGGAACGCUACAGAGAAGAGCUGGGAUUGUCCUGUGCAUGGUAGUCGGUUUGGAUGGGAUGGAGUUUGUAUCGAGGGACCUGCAAAAAAGGGGUUGACUCCUAUAAGUACGUAG